UGCCAGGUAACUCUCAAUCUCCAUUCUCAUUAUUAUUCCAAUCAUUCCCAACUUUUCCCUUUCAAAAAUUUCUCUUCAAUUUUUUAUUUCCUGGAAAAAAAAAAAAAAAAGAAAGAAGAUCAGAAGGUAAUCAUUAUGUCUCACCCAAUCCACCAAGCCAAUGAAAAUAGCCCAUUUGGGGACUUCACAAGAGAAGAGUUCUACAGAAAGAACCAAAUUCUUCACCAACAAUCCUUCAUGCUCAACGAGGAGAACAUGAACAUCUUCACUCAAUCAUGGCGUCUUGAUUCCACCUUCAACCCUAAAGGGUUAGUAGCUAUGGUCCAUGGCUACUCCUCUGAAAGCAGCUGGCUCAAUGAGCUUACUGCAGUAGCUAUAGCCAAAAAUGGGUUCUUGGUCUGUGCUCUUGACCUCCAGGGCCAUGGCCGCUCUGAUGGGUUGCCUGGUCACAUACCAAAUAUCCAACCUGUUGUUAAUGAUUGCAUACAGUUUUUUGACUCUGUUAAGGCAGAUAAUCCCAAGCUUCCUGCUUUUCUUUAUGGAGAAUCACUAGGAGGUGCAAUUUCAGUUCUCAUAUGCUUACAGCAAAGAUUUGCAUGGAAUGGUUUGAUUUUGAACGGCUCAAUGUGUGGAAUUUCUCCCAAGUUUAAGCCCAUUUGGCCAUUGGAGAAGCUACUUCCUGUGGCUGCACUGUUUGCACCCACUUGGAAAGUAGUGGCCUCAAAGCCAGUGGCUAGCAAAUCUUACAAAGAAGAGUGGAAAAGAAGGUUGGUGGCAAAGAACCCGAAUCGCCGGACGACAGGGAAGCCACCGGCAGCGACAGCAUUAGAGUUUCUGAGGAUUUGUGAGUAUAUAAAGGGGCAUUGCCAUGAACUAGAGGUUCCAUUGCUGAUGGUGCAUGGGGAGGAUGAUAUGGUCUGUGACUUCAACUCUGCUAGGUUUGUGUAUGAAUCAGCUGCGAGCAAGGACAAAACUAUGAGGGUAUUUCCUGGUAUGUGGCACGUUUUGAUUGGAGAACCCAAGGAAAAUGUAGAGCUUGUAUUUGGGACUAUCUUCGCAUGGCUUGGAGAGCAUGCUCCUCAGGCUAAAACAGCCACAAAUUAGCUUCUUUUUUUUUUGCUUUAUUUUUAAGUGAUAAGUUUUAAUGUUUAAAUAAAAUCUCAUAUUCGUGAA